CUUGUCGAAGGUUUCUUGUGGAUUGGCCUCCACUGUACCUCAGAGUCCACGUCCUUUGCGCCACUCGGGUCGGACGAAGGGGGCUGGGUGGGAAAGGGGGGGGGCUCGAAAUCUGAUGCGUGCAGCCAGUUCCGGUCCGCCGACGGGUGCUUUCUUCGGUGCACUGUCGCCUCCGGCGCCAGGAGGAGUUGGGGAAACCAGCUCCGCAACUACGUCAGCUGAUACGUCCCCCCUUUCAUAGUCCCCCUCACGACCCCCUUCUAUCGUCCAGCCCGAGUCAAGCAGGCUGCUGACGAUAGAGAUGGAUCCCAGGAGUCGAAGAACAAACAGAUGGCACAAGCAUGAGCUUUUGAAGGUCCUCGCGAAUUUCCUUGAUCGGCGCUGGACACCCCCUGGCGCCGCCGCUGGCGCGCCCAGGGCCCAGCGCAGACCCGAGAAGUCUGCGCGGACCUCCGAAACGGAUCUGCCGGUGCCGCCUCGGCGCCCUCGGCGAAGGAACCGCCGCCUCCUCGAGGCGAGCGUGCGCCUGAACGGGCUCCGCAACGUCGACAUAUUCCCCUUCGCUGCCGGGUCUCCCGACGAGCCCAGCAGGGUCUACAUCUGGAGAGCACCCGCGCAACUCCGGCAUGAGCGAGGUGGCCCGCCUGCCGCGCCGCAGCGAGGGCAACGAGUCAGUGAACCUGACGACGCUCGAUGCCAUCCUCGGGGCCUUCCCGGCCACGAUGCGGGCGCUGGUUGGGGCGAAGAUCGAUGUAGAAGGGCACGAGUUCCCUGUCCUCAAGGGCGCGCGUCGUCUCCUGCGAGAGGCACCACCUUGCUGGCUGCAGCUGGAGAACUCUGCGCUGAACCACGUGGAGCUGAUGCACAAGAUCCUGCGCGAGUUCGGCUACGAGUCAUCUGGCAAGAUCCUGAGCGCUGGCAAGGACGACUACAUGUACGUGCAGCACGACCCCGAAGCCUGCAUGAAGCAGCGCGUGGCCGCGGCGUGAGCAGCGAACAGCUGCGCCCGAGCGAGGCCGCGCGCAGCCGCGGCGUGGGCCGACAGAGGUGGCGAAGCGGCGCGGCGGGGCUGCCCGGCUGCCACCCCCCCCGGCCCGUGGCGGGCGCAAGUCCGGAAGCCGGAGGCCGAGAGGUCGCAGGUCGGGGCAGCCGCGCGCCUGGCCCCCCGAAGGCCCCCGCGCCGAGGGCGAGGGGCGUCCAGGGUCUCGGAGGCCACGGCAUCCG